UCUUCUGACACACUACAACAAGAACCUUAUUUCAGAAGCCUUUGUGUCAGCAGUCACAACUGAGUCUUCUUGGGUAAUAGCUAAUGCGACCAGGAGACAGUAUGUCAAGUGAAGACAACCAGAAGUGGGUGAAAAGGACUGAACUACAGGAAGCCUUGUGCUGCUACAUGACACACACCCUCAUCUACAUCAACAUAGUGAGAGGAUUCUGUGAGGGGUUCUCUAUAUGGAUGGUCUGGAGGGACGAGGAAAUCAACAGCAUGGCGGAAAUCAAAGAGAGGGCUGACAAAGUUGACCUGAAUCUCAGUCAUGUUAAAAAGUCAGAACACAAAGGCAAGGCCUUUCUGGAAUAUUUCUGGAGCAAGUUGAGCCAGCUGACUGCAGAUGGCAGGUUUGGAGAGCUAGAGAACAAGCUGGAUGAAGUGUUGGAGUACACUCUGGGAGGUCUGGAGAAGUUUGACUGUUUCCUGGACGCAGUGGAGAAGCUUGCCGUCACCUCACUGCACAUCUUCAUGGAGAACCAGGUUUUAGACCUACCCAAAGACUUCCACUUCAAACAUGUUCAGGCUGUCAUCACUGCUGCAAGACAAAUCUGCCCUCUCCUGCUAGAGUUUAAGAGAGAUGCAAGAGUCUUCUUCUCUCCCAAACUUCAGAAUGUGGAUGUGUUGAAAUAUCAACUGGACAGAUACAUGCAAACCACCAAGAAGAUCUGUGAGAAGUUGGAGAAAAGCUGCUCGAGGGACUUUUGCCUGAAGCUGACUGAGAAACCUGUGAUAGAUGUGAAUGUGGAUUUGUCUGGAGAUGAGAUACAGAGGAUGCUCCAUCACAUUAAAGAUCUUCAUGAAAUCAGGAAAGACCAGAACUUCCGUACAGUCUUCUUGUUCCAGGACGUGUCUUGUUCUGAUUUCAUCCGUGUGUUCAACGAUCGACAGCCCAGGAUGCUGCAGUUUCUAGAGGAGCUUGAGGAAGCUGCUGUUCAGCUAGACAUAAUGAAAAAAGGAUCAAAGAUCUCCAGCGUGGCAGGCAGCUCAGUGGGCAUGCUUGGAGGUGUGCUGUCCAUCGUUGGGUUGGCAUUAAUUCCUGUAACGGCAGGAGUGUCUUUGACUCUGACAAUGGCUGGCGUGGGGUUGGGUGUCACCAGUGCAGUCAACAGUGCUGUCACCACGGCAGCUGAGGUUGGAGUUAAUCACAGACAACAAAAGAAAGCUAGGGAAGCCUUCCAGAGCUUCAUGGAGGAUGUGCACACUCUCCAGAAUUGUCUGGAGGAAGUGAUCAAUCAACCAGAUGGUCAAGUAGAGGAAAGUGACGUAGAAGUGGUACUGGGAGUUGGCAAGAUUGCUACUAAACUUGCAACUGUCGGAAAAAGUACUGAGUUCCUUGUUGAGGCUUCCUCUGUUUCUAAGGUGCUAAAAAGUGAAGAGCUCAUCUCAAGUGCUGGUAAUAUUCCCAAUGUGGCCUCAGAGAUCCCAGAUAUUGGUCAGGCUGCAGUCAAAGGGCCUCUUGCUCUCACCCAGUCAGCCAGGGCUGGCUUCAUUGCUCUGAAUGCUCUCUUCCUUGGCAUGGAUAUAUUUUUUGUCUGUAAAGACAGCCUUGAUCUGGCCAAAGGCAUCGAGAGUGAGCUCUCACAGUUCAUCAGGGCCAGAGCUGUGCUUUGGAGCUCUGAGAUGGACUCAUGGAAAAAGAUUUGUGACUCUUUGUGUGAAAGCCUAAAAACCUCAGAGAAAAACAGAGGAACCCUGGAGAAAUUAUUUUAUCCAGAGGAACAGAUCUAGAUCUACUGGGAGACAUUUUAUCUGACAGAACAGCAUUACAUGUCAGCUGAUGGUUUUGUCACUGUAAGACAUUAAGCUUGUCUCGGGAGACAGUAUAUUAUAUACAUUAGCCUAUGUCAUUUAUUUUGAUAUAAUAUUAUAAUAAUUUUAGUGAAAAUUAUAUUUUAGCACUUCUAAUGUGAUUUGUGUUUUACCGUGUGACUGUUGAUCAAACACGGUUGUAUAUUCACUCUUAAUCCACCUUUUAAAUCUUCUUUUAAGAUUUACAGUAAGUUCCUUACAUUGAUAACAGUGCUCACUGUUGUAUUAAACAAGCUGUGUGAAUGAUGAAAGAGUUAAACCUGAGUCUGUAUUAAAGCACUCAGGCUCCUUUUUUAUAUAUCGUCAAAUGCUUUCUGAUAUUUCAUUCAUUGUGGUUCUGCUGCUACCUGUGAGCUGCAAAGAUGCUUCUGAAGUUUCUUUCAGACCAACCACCCUGAGAUCAAGCAAAGCCCUCUGAAUAAUCUGAAAUAAAUGAAUUAUAGAAUAAAACGGCAACAUCUAUAUAGCAUGAGGAAAGUAGAAGUGCAGUGACUGAAGGCAACGUGAAUCACACACAAAGGAGAGCAGCAUGAAAGAGAGAGAACAGAAAAGGGAUGACAUAACUUUUAAAUGUCCUAGUCCAGUUUAGAUUUAAGUAGGUCCAACAACUUCUAACUUCAGGCCUAUUUCUAAUCUUUCACACAUUUCCAAAAUUUUAGAGAAGGUUGUCUACAAUCACCUGUUACCAUUCUUAGAAGAUGAUGGCAUCACUGAGCUGUUCGGUCAGGGUUCAAAGCCCUCAAUAGCACAGUCAGCACUUUUGAAGGUUUCAAAUGAUAUACUUCUGUCAACAGACUCUAGAAAGUUUGUUGUCCUAGUGCUUUUAGAUUUGUCUCCUGCAUUUGACACUGUUGACCACAGCAUUUUGAUCUCUUGUCUCGAGCACUGUGUGGGCAUCAAGGGUGUCACCCAUGACUGGUUGCGGUCAUACCUAACCGAUAGAAGCUUCUGUGUAAAAUUUGACAAUUUUGUGUCGUCAAGAGCUCCUCUUCCACAUGGGGUCCACCAGGACUCAGUACUCGGCCCUCUUUUAUUUGCUCUUUACUUACCUUUGCUUCGUGUUUUUAAAUCUCUUCUAAAAACGCACUUUUACUCCCUUGCCUUUAACCUACCUUAAUUUUUGUCUGUCAUUCACUAAAAAGCACUUACAGUGAGCUUGUUUGUUCCUUUAUUCUGUUUCUUUGCUUUUUCUUGUUUGUCUGUUUUUUGAAGUGAUUUUGUGUUUGUGUCUUUAUGCCUUUUAUCUUAAUCUUAAACCUAUUUGAU